CCCCACCCCUUCUCAACUACUAGCCCAGCAACCAAUAUUUUCCAGGCAUCCAAACAAUAAACAAAUACUACUUAAAGAACAGAUGGACUCUCUUGAACCUCAAAAACCACUUUUACCCACAAACAAUGCCAGCCAGUCCCAUAAGCAGGAAAGUUCUUCAAGGCACAUGAGAUUCACAAGGAAUAUGGCAAUAGAGCCCAUCCAUAAACAAGAAAGCUCGUUGAAACCUAAUCUGAUUGCUUCCUUCUUCAGCACCACAUUAGACCAGAUCAGUGGAUACAAGGAACAUUUACAGGGUGUUUAGGAGGAAGAAGAAACAGAUAUAUUCCCAACAGGAAAUUAAGCGAGACGGAGAGAGAUGGGGUAUGUCAAUGCCAUUGGAAAGUACCAAAUCGGUCGGACGAUCGGAGAAGGCACCUUCGCCAAGGUUAAGUUGGCGGUAAACACGGAAAACGGACAAUAUGUUGCGAUCAAGAUCAUCGACAAGCAUAUGGUCGUGGAAAACAAUCUCACGAACCAGGUAAAAAGCGAAAUACGAACAAUGAAGCUUCUACGUCACCCAAACAUUGUUAGGAUACAUGAGGUGAUUGGCACAAAGACGAAAAUUCACAUUAUAAUGGAGUACGUAUCGGGAGGACAGCUAUCAGACAGGAUGUCCUAUGCUGGCAGGUUAGAUGAAAAACACGCAAGGAAACACUUUCAGCAGUUAAUCGAUGCUGUAGAUUAUUGCCAUUGCAGAGGGGUUUACCAUAGAGAUCUGAAGCCACAGAACUUGCUUUUGGGCAGCAAAGACAAUCUCAAAGUAUCAGAUUUCGGGCUCAGCGCGUUGCGGAAGCCUGGGGAUGUGCUAUCUACUGCAUGUGGAUCUCCAAGCUACGUAGCACCGGAGCUUCUUGCAAACAAGGGGUACGAGGGAGCGGCUGCAGAUGUUUGGUCAUGCGGAGUAAUCCUCUUUGAAUUGCUCGCCGGACGUCUUCCAUUUGAUGAUCAAAGCCUAAUGAACUUGUAUAAGAAGGUAGGCUCCCAAUCUAGUAUACAUUUCAUACCAAGCUUCAAAAAUAGAAACUUGAGAUAUCUGAUAAAUUUUUCCAUUGCGAAGAUAUUGAGAGCAGAUUACACAUUUCCAGAGUGGUUUACAGAAAGCCAAAAGAUGCUCAUCUCUAGGAUACUUGAUCCAAAUCCCAAAACGCGAAUAACAACGGCAGAGAUCAUUGAAGAUCAGUGGUUUCAAACUAAUUAUGAGCCUGCUGUUCGAACUGAAUGUGAGGAAGACAUCAACGUCGAUGAUGUUCAUGCAGCUUUCAGUUCAGUUAAGGAAAUUGAGACAGAGAGAAAGAUACCUCAUACUCCAAGUUUCAUAAACGCUUUCCAGCUAAUAGCCAUGUCUCAAGACCUUGAUUUAUCAGGACUAUUUGAAGAAGAGGAUAAUGAGAAGCACAAGACAACGCUUGGAUCAAAGCUUACAAUCAAUGAAACCAUAGAGAAAAUUGAGGCAGCUGCAAAGGAUGUGAGUCUGUCGGUUGAACGGAUGAACAACUCCAAGGUGAAAAUUCAUCCCAAACAGAAGAUGACUAGAUGUUCAAGGUCAUGCUUUAACCUAUCAGCCGAGGUAAUUGAGGUGGCACCCACACAUUGUGUUGUAGAAAUAUCAAAAUCUUUGGGGGAACUGGAACCAUACACAGAGUUCUGCAAAAGCUUAUCAAGUAUGCUACUGACAGAAGAAUCAGGUGCGUCGUCCGAAACACAAGCACCCAAGGAAGUCAUUGUCAACAUCAAAAAUAUCAAUCAAAGUGAAAGCUUUGGGCAGAAGGAUGACAAGGAUACCAUAGACAAGCGGGGAUACUCUUCCUCUUGAUAGCUAACCUUUGGUUUCAACAUUAAGAGGCUCUUGACGAGCCCUAAACACAAGUGUAAAGCAUACAACGAAGCAAUGCAUAAGGCUGAAUGUAAGUACAUAAGUGAAUCCAACAGAAAUGUUGUCUCGUGUUAAGGCUUACACUCCCAUGCUGUAGAAUUCAAGAUCCUCGUAUUUAUAAAUUUUGUUUCCUCUGAUGUAAUUAACUCAAUGACUUCAAUAGACAUAUUUAUUGUAUGAAAGGAAAUUCACAGAAGAAAAAAUCCUUUUUCUGUCA